CAAACCCACCAUUUUCGAACCUUCUUUCUUCAAUUACUCCCUCAUCUCUCACCCAAAUCACCUCAUACAACAACCAAAAUCUUCCCCUCACUCUCCUCUACAACCUCAUACCCACAAAACCAUCUCUCUCACCAUAUACCACAAAAACCGAAACCCUACCCAACUCACCCCUUCUCCGAAAAUCAAGCUUCAACAAGCACACCAAUGGCACCCAAAAGAGACAGGGCUGAGAGUUCAACUGCAAGGGGACCAAUUCCCGGAUUUGAGGAUGUCCGGUUCGGCCCGGGGAAUCAAAGGCAACGGUUCUUGGCUCAAAUAAAAAGGCAAGUAAUCCCCUCCAAAUUUCUAUGUCAUGAUGCUCUCACUGCUUUAGGCCUGUUGAAAAAAAUGCGCAAUUUAUUUCAUGAGUUGGAUAUGAACUUGAUUUUUGAUAUGAAGUAUAAUUGUAAUGAGAGGGUGAUUUAUGAAUUCUUGAGCUCGGAUAAGUUUUUUGAACGUGAGGAAGGGGAGGAGUUCAAUAACGACACACUCACGUUUCGUUUAUUCAACAAUGAAUACACAAUAACGAGACAUGAGUUUGCCCAACAUUUUGGCAUCCCCGUGGCCCAUGAGAGGGGAAUAACGGAAAAUACAAUAGAUGGACACACCUUAUGGGCUAAAAUGACCGGAGAAUUGAAUGUGAGCGCGUCUAAACUUUCCAUUAGUCACGUUCAACAUCCUAUUCUCCAACUUUUCCUAAAAGUUUUGGCCAAUUGUUUGCUCGGUCGCCCUAACAACCACCACACUCGGAUGGGGGACGUGGCCAUCCUCACCCUAUCCCUCUUCCAAAUACCCGUUCCAUUCAACCUUUUCAACCUAAUGUGGGAUCAUUUGGAGAAAACUUGCAACAAAACGGGUAAAAUUGUUGUCGAGGGGGGGGGGGGGUCAUUAUGCAUUUGGCCUCCAAAUUCGGCUAUGUGGAUAAUGAACCAAUAGCCGAUCAUUGUUUGAUGAAUUUGACUUGGCUUGGGAACGCGGGGUGCAUCUCCUUCGCCCACAAAGACUACAACGGGAGAAACCACUACACGUGGCAUAUCCUACCCAAACCAACCAUCUACUUCCCCAUCCCCUCCAAAGAAAUACCUAAACUUAGGUAUAAAAGGGCAAGUUUUGAAAUCACACAUUACCUACUUCCUAAUGCCAUACCACCACAUUUUCAAGCCCAAGCCGAACAACCCGAACAAAUUGAGCAUCAAGAAGCCCAAGGAAAUGCACAACAUGAUAUUCCCGACCCCCUCAAACCCACCACCACAACACAUCCCCAAUCCUCCUUACAACCCUCCUCCAACCGACUAUUUCCAACAACUCUUGGAGGGACAACAAGCACUACUUGCCGGGUUCAACAAAAUGAACCUCAACUACACCAACAUGGGUGAACAACUUGCACAAGUCCGAGAGGAGCAACGGGCGGGCUUUCAAAGAAUGGAAGAGCUACGGCAAGCCGACCUCCACCGCUAUGAAGAGGACUAUCGUAGGACUUAUGGUCCUAUGUACUCAUAUAUGUCCCAUCACGGGAAUUUCUCUUCUAUGGCCACUCCUCCUCCACCACCGUCUUGGUAUGACCCCUCUCAAUGGGGUAACUUUGGAGGUUUGAGCUACGGUGGUGGGGGCUAUGAUGACGGGAUGAGAGACGACACUACCAUGGGUGAAGGGGGCAAUGAGAGCGGCACCAGUGGAGGCUUUGGAGGAAGUUUUUAUGGCGGUGAAGGCGGGCACUAAGGAUAGUGCCUUGAUCCAAGUGUGGGGGAGGAAGACUCAUUUUUUGGACAUCAUCUAUUGAAGAAAAAAAAAGAAGAAAAGGAGAAGAGGAAAAGAAGAAGUAAGGAGCAUAGAAGACCCUUAAACCCAAGGAAAUGUUGUUCUGUAAACUCAUUUACAAUACUUGGUGGUCUUAGUUUCUUAUUUCUUACUAUCUUUGAACUUAUGAUCUUUUGAUGAACAUUGUAUAAACAUUUGGUUUUACUCGAGGUCGAGUAAAGAAACUAAGUGUGGGGGAGUUGACAUUCAUGUAAAUUACAUAUUUAUUUCUGCG